UAUAAAGCCGUGUGUGUGUGACUGUGUGUGUUUAGAAGAGAGAGAGAGAGAGAGAGAGAGAGCUCCUUUUACUUCAAAAACAUUGUGUUUGUACCGAGUUAGUCCAGAUCUCUGUUUUGAUCGAAGAACCGCGAUCGAAGAUGUUGGACGGACUGUUAGGGCGAGGUUUCAGCUCCAAAUGUAAAUCGUUGAUUAAGAUGAUGAGGACGCGAAUCGAUGUGAUACGAAGGAAUAAGGAUGCCAGACAGAGGAUUAUGAAGAAAGACAUUGCCGAUCUACUUGCUAACGGCCUCGUUACCAAUGCCUUCAUAAGGACUGAAGAAUUUUUCGCUGGGCUGUGCCUCUUGUUUUGCUAUGACUUCAUUGAGCAGUCUUGUGAAUACAUAUUGAAGCAGCUUUCUAUCAUGCAAAAACAAAGGGAGUGCCCAGAAGAAUGUAGGGAGGCUGUGUCAUCUCUGAUGUUUGCUGCAGCUAGAUUUUCUGAUUUGCCUGAACUCCGUGAUCUUAGGGAUACGUUUCAAGAUAGAUAUGGAAAUUCCUUGGAAUAUUAUGUGAAUCAAAAGUUUGUUGAGAAACUUGCUUCAAAUCCUCCCACAAUGGAGAAGAAACUCCAGUUACUGCAAGACAUAGCAUUGGAGUUUUCAGUAAAGUGGGACUGCAGGGGUUAUGAACAGAUCCUUACUACUGCCCCUGCAUUUACGGAGGACCAACCUGGGAAAUAUGGGCCUUCCCAUGUUAUUGAUGAUAGACACAAAUUACCCAAUGGUAAGGACAAAAUCCCAAGAGCACACAAACGGGAUCUUUCAUCUAAAGAAAGGGAUGAGCUUGGUAACAACAAACAGAUGAUGCGGAAUGGCAUGGAAUUCACCAGUAAUGGAGUCAAGCCCCUUGCCAGCAGGGAAGAACCACCUAUCCCAAACAGGGACAAUACCGUAUACACAGUAAGAGCAGGUAGUUCAUCUCGUGGAGCAAGGCGAGAAUUUAUUGAUGGAGGAUACCAGCAUCAUAAUAAUAAGGUACAUAUUUCCCCAGGGAGAGAUAGCCAGGACCCUCCCUCUCAUGGAAAACCAUUAGCUGCUGUAUGUUCUGAAGCACUCCCAAUUAAGCGUGAGGAUAAAGAUGUCUCGUCUUCCAGUCAUAACCAUGUUGGACAACAGAGUAUUGCAAGCUCAACAAAAAAAGUACAGGAGGAUAAGACAGAUAGGGUGAAGUCCUUCUACAACAAUGCUCCCCCCCCACCAUACAUUAGGUCGGAAGAUAAUGGCAUACCUUCUCCAUAUACUAAACCCAAAGGUAGCAAAUAUGGUUCAAAUAAAGGGUCUAAAGAUUCCAGUUUUUACUGUGGUGAAGCCUCCAUUGAUCCUUCAAGCCAUAACAAAGAGAAAGCAGUUAAUGGGUCAGAGAGGAUUCGGAUGGAAUCAGAGCAACCCAACCACGAGGGGAAGUUUGUUGGACCAGCAAGGGUGAAUAGUCAUUGUCAUGAGAAAGAUCCUUCUUGUCAGGAUGAUAUACCGUUGCCAAAACCAAGAUCAGUUAGAAGGAAACACUCAAAAAAAUCAUCAUCCACUCGGAAUGAUCUUGGCAAUUUUGGAGAUUCAGGAGUUGGAAAGGGUUCAAGUAGCAGGAGAAGAGAUAACUCAAGAAGAGGCUUGCAGAUCUUGUUUGAGGAUGAGCAUCAUCACAAAGAUGAAGAUGAAAGGGUUCUAGAUAAGUUGUUGUUACAUUUCAGCAAGAAACCAUCAAUCUACGAACCAGGGAAGGUGGGGAAAAGGUCAAAAGAUCAUCCUUCCCAUCAGAUAGCUACCAAUGCUGCCCUUCAAAAUAGCAGCAGAGAUGGGCCUGUGGCAGAGCCAGAAAUGGUUGCUCCUCCAACCAGGUCCAUUUCUCUCCCUCGUGAGCAAACUGCCCCUUCAGAGGCAAAAAAUGUUUUUGCUCGUACCAAUUCUUUUCAGCCAGGUAACCAAGCACGGCAUGUGCAUCCCAAGUUACCAGAUUAUGAUGAUUUGGCCAAACGGUUUGCAGCCCUGAGAGGGAGAUAAAGUGUAAGAGUAAGUAAAACUUAGAAAUCGCAUAUUCUUCUAUUUGCACGACAAUUUAUUAAUUAUUAUCUUCUUCACUUGUGUGUCCGUUGGUGAGCCGGCAGAAAGGGUGGUUAACCUUGCUCCCACGAAGGGCUCUGCCCGUAAACACUGGGGUUGAAGUGUCCCUGAAUAAUUGCCUUGCAACUCUGUUACUAGAGCAUAGCCCUGUGUCACCUUCUUCCCAUCUUUCAAUGAAAGGUUACAUGCUACUCUGCCAUGCAUGUAGUGUAUGUUGGUAUUACUCUUUUCUGCAAUCCAUGGCAUCCACGGGCAAUAUAUGCUUGUCCUAAGUUUCACUUAGUUGAGAACUUGGUUGUAAAGUUGUAACCAUGCAUGUUAAACGUUACAUUACACAUAUUCCGCAGAUUAAUAAAUAGACGGUGGUGAUCGAGAUUAAGUUUGGUAUUGCUUA